AUGAGCCUCACUGUCCUGUGGAUGCUUCUGCCGCUGGCCACGGUGGCCCAGGGCCAGUACGGCGACUACGGGUACCCGUACCAACAGUACCACGACUACAGCGACGAUGGCUGGGUGAACCUGAACCGGCAGGGCUUCAGCUACCAGUGUCCCCACGGGCAGGUGGUGGUGGCCGUGAGGAGCAUCUUCAGCAAGAAGGAAGGGUCUGACAGACAGUGGAACUAUGCCUGCAUGCCCACGCCGCAGAGCCUGGGGGAGCCGACCGAGUGCUGGUGGGAAGAGAUCAACCGCGCUGGCAUGGAAUGGUACCAGACGUGCUCCAACAACGGGCUGGUGGCGGGCUUCCAGAGCCGCUACUUCGAGUCGGUGCUGGAUCGGGAGUGGCAGUUUUUCUGCUGUCGCUACAGCAAGAAGCUGACGACAGAAUACCCAGGCCACUACGGGGAGGAGAUGGACAUGGUGUCCUACAGCUACGAUUACUACAUGCGGGGAGCGACAACCACUUUCUCUGCCGUGGAGAGGGACCGCCAGUGGAAGUUCAUUAUGUGCCGGAUGACCAACUACGACUGCGAAUUUGCCAGCGUGUAGCCUGGCCGGCGCCGGAGCGGGGGCAGGGGAGGGGCCGGGAGACCCCCGGACGCCCACACCGCGUGUCUGCUGAGUGCCGCGCCCUCCCCGGGCAGGUCGCCGGCCACAAGGCCAGCCUUUCCGACUAGUGUCACACGUAAUAAAACCCACAGUGAAACCGCGUUUCUCACUCCCCGCCCGGCCCACAGCGACCGCCUUGCACCACUGACGACGGCUCUCCUGCUCGCCACAGCCCGCGCACACUCCGGGCCUGAUGACCAGCCCGGCCCCCGCACCUGUCACACGCAGCCUCGCGACUGCUUUGCUACCCGGCCAGCUGCGGCAGGCCUGGCGCCAAGGACCCUGUGAGCCGCUCGGUGGAGCGGAGGCAGCGGGCA